GCUCAACUAACGGGUGCGAGAGAACUUCUUUCGCGUUCCUGCGACAAGAACUCCCCGUGAGGUUUGCAAAUAUACUGAGAGAGAUUGAUCUUCUCCCUGAUAAAUUACUGGGCACUCCGUCGGUGCAAUUAGUAAAAAGCUGGUACAUCCAAAGCCUAAUGGAGCUGGUUGAGUUCCAUCAGAAAAGCCCAAAUGACCACAAAGUCUUAUCUGACUUUAUAGAUACAUUAAUUAGAGUCCGAAACAGACAUCAUGAUGUGAUUCCUACGAUGGCACAAGGAGUCAUUGAAUACAAGGACACGUUUAAAGUAGAUCCUGUCACCAAUCAAAACAUCCAGUACUUUUUGGAUCGCUUUUACAUGAGCCGUAUUUCUACCCGGAUGCUAAUGAACCAACACACCCUUCUUUUUGAUGAUAAAUCUGGCUCAGGACACCCAAGGCACAUUGGAAGUAUUGAUCCUUGCUGUGAUGUUGCUGAAGUAGUGCAUGAUGCUUUCGAAAGCGCCAAGAUGUUGUGUGACCAGUAUUACUUAGCGUCCCCAGAACUGAAACUUACUGAAGUGAAUGGAAAGCUUCCAGGAGAGCCAAUUAACAUCGUAUACGUUCCCUCUCAUCUUUUUCACAUGCUCUUUGAGCUCUUCAAGAACUCAAUGAGGGCAACUGUUGAAUUCCAAGAAAACAGCCCUUCCCUUUCUCCAGUUGAAGUGACGGUUGUUCUAGGACAAGAAGACUUGGCAAUUAAGAUUUCGGACAGAGGCGGCGGUGUUCCAGUAAGGAAAAUUGAGCAGCUCUUCAGCUACAUGUAUUCCACAGCACCAAGGCCAGAGAUGGAUGAUGGUCGAAACACUCCUCUUGCUGGCUUUGGGUAUGGCUUGCCAAUUUCUCGUCUAUAUGCUAAAUACUUCCAAGGAGACCUAAAUCUCUACUCCAUAUGCGGUUAUGGAACAGAUGCUAUAAUCUACUUGAAGGCCCUGUCAUCAGACUCAGUUGAAAAACUGCCGGUUUUUAACAAAUCGGCUUCCAAGCAUUACCAGGCUACCUCCGAGGCAGAUGACUGGUGUGUCCCAAGUAAAGGCCCAAAGAAUAUGUCGGAGCGCAGUGCGGUUCUCUGA